AUGACUGAUGUGGAGGGGCAUUGGGCAUACUUCUGCAACUUUGUGGAACUGUCAGAGGGUCUCACAUUUGCUGAAGACGGUGAUCAGCGCGAAGCUCGAUGUUCUCCAGAGCUGAUUGUCAAGGACGAUUGGCACUUUGUAUUUGGUGGCGACACCUGUGACAAAGGCCCGGGUUCGUUGAGGUGCUUGGAGACGCUGGUUUCGGCCAAGAAGCGGCAUCCUGACAGAGUUCAUCUGCUUCUCGGGAAUCGAGACAUCAACAAGAUGCGUUACACCUCCGAAUUUACGGAUGAAGAGGUUCGACAAGUCUCACCUGAGACUCCUGGUGCGUACUGGGUCCCCGAGGACAAGCGGGUGAGUCCAUGGAGUUACUUCGCUAGCCUUGCUGCGCAAGCGGAGGGCAAGGACGUGGAGCUCUUGACACAUGAGGAGGUCCAGCGCUACUGCACAAAGCCCAACCUCAUGAGGUACCAUCUGAAGUAUGACAUGGGCUCUGACGGCGAGUUUGAAUUUCGUCGUCAGGAGCUCGCGCAUAUGUCAACCAGGAAUGUCGCAGAGGUGUCUGAUGAAGAAGUUGUGAACAGUUACGAGGCUAGUGUUGCUGAAGGCGGAGUCAUGCGUGAAUACCUCCGACUAUCGGAGGUUGCCUGUAUCCUUGGCUCGACCCUCUUCGUGCACGGCCAGAUCAUCGGUAAUCAGUUCUCUGAUUGUGGACGUGACGGCGUCGCAUGGGCUGUGGGCUGCGUGCCCUCGGAUGAUGGUGCCACUUCCGAGUGGGUGUCCGACCUGAAGGAGUGGGUAGCACAGAUCAACACUUGGGCCAGGCGAAAUGUGGCAGCAUGGCAGGCCCAGCCAACUUGGCGGAGGUCUCCCGCAGCUUCCACUUUCGAGGACUGGUGUGACCGGGGCGGCGCCGGGCUCAUCGCCUAUGGCACCCCUGCCACGCGGGUGCCUUCAGUGGUGUACUGCCGUUGGCUGGAGGACAACUGCAUGCCCAAGCAGUAUCCGCAAGAGCUUGUGGAACAUCUUCAGGCCCACGGCAUAUGCCGUGUCGUCGUGGGGCACACGCCGCAUGGCAACUGUCCAACUGUGAUUCCUCAUGAAGGCUUAACUGUCAUCAUGGGUGACACAAGCUACAGUUGCAUGAAGGCUGAUCUUGCCUACCCAGGGGACAACCGUGGUGACGCCGUCUGCGAAAUUGCGUUGGAGGGCGAGAAGUGCUUUGUGCGAGGGUUCACUGGCUACGUCGACGGCCUGAGUUGCCAUCGGCAGGUUGUACACUAUGCAGCGCCUGGUGGUGCUGACGGAGGUGGAGAUCCUCAUAUUGGUAUUGUGCAGCCAGAAAGUGAGGAAGUUCCUGAAGACAAGCGCUUCUUCGUCAAGGCGUGCUUGGCGGCCUUGGAAGGAUACGAUGCCAGAUAUCUUCUGUGCAAAGUCGAUGGCUUCACCAACACAUAUCAGGAAGAGUCACCAGAUGAAGUCAUCAGAGUAUUUGGCAGUCAUUGCAUCCUGCCGUCCAACCAGUCAAGAAGGCUGGAAAUAGCUUCCUUCGGUGAGGAGUUUGGAGCUGGGUUCACGGGUGCCGAAGGCGACGUUGUGGAGCGCAUUUUCCGAAGGCUUGAUCGAAAUCAUGAUGGAGCCGUGACGGCACACGAGCUUCGAACGGCCUGCAGUGACAGCACAGUACGCAUGGCACUUCAAUGGACGUUUCCAGAUACCUGCUUGGAGGAGGUGUUCCACGAGCUGGAUACCAACAAAGAUGGUUUGGUGUCCUUGCACGAAUUUGAGACUCGAUUUCGGGGGACGGUUGCCACGGCUGGCAGUCAGGCCAACAGCCGCUGCACCAGCAGGCAAUCCUCAAUGGUCCCGGAAUAG